CUCCGGAAGCUGCGGAUGCACUCUCUAGCUUGACUGCGCCUCUCGGUCGGUACUGGAUGUCUGCACACAGCCGCUCAGCUCAGCGGGGCUCCGCCACAAAGCAGAUGCAAAGCCGGGAUGAGAUGCGUGUCGCUGCCUUUUGUGCGGCUCCGGUGCUUCGAUCUGAAAUGCGAUUUAACAGCCGAAAAGCAAACAAAACAAACUACGUUGGCCAAAAAGGAAUCAAGUUACAGUGCGGGGAUAAAUGAGCGCGGACAGAUGAGAGUCGGGAGAAAGUGAAUUUGGAGGAUUUGGAGGCACUUUAGUUGCUCGGCUCGGCCGCUCGGCUCUUUGUGCUGCGGGGCUGCAGCUUUACGCGCUUGGAUAGAAAGGCCUCCAAGAUAGAUUCCCUCAGGAGUAAAGUGGACCUGCUGCGCCUCCCUCUGGCCCUCUCCACAAAGUCCAUCAGCAGUCGUAAGAGCCAGCUGGGCGUGGUCUGGGAGAAAGGCGGCGGCGGCUUGGGGGCAGGAGGGGCCCGGAAACCCCGCCCACCGCCGGCCUCCGACAUGGACAACGAGUCGACGUACUCGGGCUACUCCUACAAGUCGUCCCACUCACGAAGCUCCCGCAAACACAGGGAGAGGAGGGACCGGCAUCGCUCGAAGAGUCGCGACAGCACCAUCCGUGGAGACAAGUCUGUGAGCAUCCAGGCUCCAGGAGAGCCGCUGCUGGACGCCGAGUCCACCAGAGGAGACGACAGGGAUGACAACUGGGGCGAGACCACCACGGUGGUCACCGGCACAUCCGUGGACAGCGUUUCCAACGAGGAUCUGACGCGGAUGUCUAAGGACCUUGAGGAUUCUUCGCCUCUGCAGUGUCGCCGUUACCUCAGCCCGGCGCUGGGCGGCGUCCUGGGGCUCUUUGCUCUGGUCACUCCUCUGGCCUUCUUGGCCCUCCCGCAGCUCCUUUGGCGGGAUACACUGGAACCUUGCGGCACACCAUGUGAGGGCCUUUACAUUUCUCUGGCCUUCAAGCUCCUCAUCCUCCUCAUCUCCACCUGGGCGCUGUUUCUCCGCCCGCCCAGAGCCACUCUGCCACGCUUCUUCAUCUUCCGCUGUCUGCUGCUGGCAUUGGUCUUCCUCUUCGUGGCGUCCUAUUGGCUGUUCUACGGGGUGCGGGUGCUGGAGCCCAGAGAGACUGACUACAGGGGCAUUGUGGGAUAUGCAGCAUCACUGGUGGACGCGCUGCUGUUCAUCCAGUACCUCGCUCUGGUGCUGCUGGAGGUCCGACAUCUGCAGCCUGCUUUCUGCCUGAAGGUUGUGAGGACCACAGAUGGAGCUAGUCGCUUCUACAACGUGGGGCAUCUCAGUAUUCAGCGGGCAGCAGUGUGGGUUCUGGACCAGUACUACAACGACUUCCCGGUCUAUAACCCCGCCCUUCUCAACCUGCCCAAGUCCAUCCUCUCCAAGAAAAUGUCUGCCUUCAAGGUCUACAAUCUGGGGGAAGAGAACAGCACCAAUAACUCUACGGGUCAGUCCAGAACCAUGAUAGCAGCCGCUGCUCGAAAAAGAGACAAUUCCCACACCGAGUACUACUACGAGGAGGCAGAGGUGGAGCGGAGGGUCCGCAAACGUAAGGCCAGACUGGUGGUGGCAGUAGAAGAAGCCUUCACCCACAUCAAACGUCACCAGGACGAAGAUGCGACUGUGUCCUCCCCCAAACACCCGCGGGAAGUGAUGGACCCCAGGGAGGCGGCCCAGGCCAUCUUUGCCCCCAUGGCACGGGCCAUGCAGAAGUACCUCCGCGCCACCAGACAGCAGUCCUACCACAGCAUGGAGAGCAUCAUCAACCACCUGCAGUUCUGCAUCACGCACAACAUGACCCCCAAGGCUUUCCUUGAGCUUUACCUCAGCCCAGGUCCCACCCUCCAGUACCUGGACACCAGCAGGGGGCGCCAGUGGACACUAGUGAGUGAGGAGGCGGUGACUGCUGCUCUGCGUCAAGGCCAGGUCUUCUCCCUGAGACGCCUCGACUUCUCCCUGGUUGUCACGGUGACGCCCCUCCCCUUCCUGCGCCUGGGGGAGGAGUUCAUUGACCCCAAGAGGCACAAGUUUGUUAUGAAGCUCCAGUCAGAGACGUCUGUGUAGGAGGAUAAAUGAAAGUUACAAAUCUUUCAGGGGUAUCUUUUUUAAUACCUUUUUAGUUACUGAGAAAAAUAAGCGAGGCAGGAGAAAUACCUCACCGCUGACCUUGUUCCUCAAACAAACAUAAAACGAGACACUUUCCUCUAAGUGCUCACUGGUAACUUGUAAUACUGCACUACAGACUGCUUCCCGUUUCCAUGAUACUGAAGUAUUUGUUUUAAGUCGUGUUUCCAGACACAUUUACUUGACAUGUAUUAGAUUUUUUUGGUUAAAAAAAGAAAAAAAUGACCACUUGAGUCUAUAAAUUGGAUUUUAGCUACAUUUGUUAUUCAUGCCACAUUUAUUCAAGAGAACGUGGACUCUCUGUGUUCAAUAUAAAGUCCUUCUGACCUUUUUUUAUGCACGAUCAGACUUGAGAGGCUUCGUUUUAGCUCUCUUCUCUUUCCCCUUUUUACUUGAACUUCUUGUUUGCUUUCGAAUUUGACCUUUUACAGGCUAAAAAUAGGAAGAAUCAAGCAAUGACAUUUGGACAUUGACUGAAUUUGCUGACUGAAUUAAAUGGAGGUGGAACUGCUUUUGAACGGCUUCCUCUAUUUUUGAUCCCACUAACAAAGAGGACGUGCAUACUUUCCACUGUAAGUAUAAAGUAAGAAACACUGGAUGGACCUUUUUUUUAAAUGCACUGAGCAUUUCAUAAGUGCAUUGUUUGUGUUAUUUCCUGCUCAGGUCUUGUUGAAUCAUUUCUCGUUUCUGGAUAACCUACAGAAAGGCACUCCUGCACUGAGAAGAAAUAUAACUUUCCAAGCACAAUGUAGGUGCAACAUGGGACCAGUUCAUGUCCACUGGUAGCGGAGGUUUUCACCUUUUUGUUUUUUACAUAUGAGGUUUGAAUUGGACUCGAUAAGCUCCAGCACAAUACAGCCAAGUACCACCAGUGUGUUUCUUUUUGGCAGUUUGAUGUUAAUUACUGUCUUUGAUAUUUUUGAGUGUGUGAAUUUGUGUGUGUGGCUGCAUCAAAAGCCCCAGGUUCCCUCCAUGUAUGCAAUUAGGAAGGUCCUCAUCUUAAGUACAAUAUAAAUUAUGACUGGUCUCAUUUUAUACCUUUAAAAAAAACAACCCUAUAACAUUGUCAGACUCGAAAAAGAUCGAUCCAGAUUCAACACAUUCAACUUCCUGGUCACAACCUCGCGCCUACAUUACCCACGAUGCAACACAACCGCCAACCGGUUGCAAAUUUGCAUUACGCUACUUGCAGCUAAAGCCUCAAGUGGAUAUGAGAAGCGGGUUUCAGAUAUCUGCUAAGCUCACUUCUUUCUAGCUCCUCCCCCACAAGUGACAUCACUUGAGGCAAUUUAUCAGACUUCGCGCAGCCACAAAUGACUUUAUACAAUACAACUUAACAUAUGCAGCAGACGUUGGAGCGUUAAAAUCAGGGCACUUGCCCCUUUUUAACUAGUUUAGUUCAUAUUGUGCUCAUACAGUAUGAAUAAAGUUGCUUUAAGUUAUUGACACAAACAUCCAUAGAUCCUUAGUUUAUUAUUCAGCAUAGAAAAACACAUUAACAUGUAAAACCAGAACCAGUUCUUUGUUUUGGUGUUUUUUGCUUUAAAGAAUCACCAAUAAUCAAAAUAGUUGCAGAUUAAUUUUCAGUUGAUUAACUAACUGAUUAAUAGACUUAUCAUUCCACUUUUAGAGUACUAGUUGGUGCCGUAUAUACUAGGGGUCAACAUGGCCCCACAUGAGGCCUUGGGUUGCUCCAUAGUGUCUUUGUCACGCAGGACAUGUCCUUUUUACACUACAGAUAGAUUGUCGUGCCAAUCACAAGCAGUGUACUUGUACAUUACGGUGCUGUUUUCUAAGGUUGUAUUGUUCCUGUUUUUGACGGAUCACUUUGUUGUACUCGAUCUAAGCUCCUAACAUUUUGAAAAGCAUUGUCUUUAAAAGCAAGAUUGUUAUUUACUGGUACACUGUGUUUUUUGUUUAGGACAGAGUUGCUGUAAAAGGUUUUUAAUAAAUGUCAUUCAAAGUUG